UAACUAUAGUUGUACGAUGUAAGCCAUUUAUUUUAAGACCUUAUCCUUAUACUCUAUAUAAUAUGGACUAAGGGAAUCUUCAUUCCAAGGAAGAGCAAAAGCUAGCACACACGUACAAGAAGAGCUAUCUUUAGUCCUCACUUAAAAUUCCUAUGAUGUCGUCAAGAACAAGUUUUUCCGUGGUGCAUGGUGAGCCUGAACUGGUGGUGCCAGCAGGACCAACUCCGCGAGAAUUAAAGAACCUCUCUGACAUAGAUGACCAAGAAGGGUUACGUUUUCAGCAUCAGGUAAUAAUGUUCUACCAAAAGAGUCAUGUUAUGGAAGGAAAACACCCUGCUACGGUUAUAAAAUAUGGUUUGGCUGAAGCACUUGUACACUAUUACCCACUAGCUGGUAGGUUGAGAGAAUGGCCUAAUAGAAAGUUAACAGUGGAUUGCAGUGGUGAGGGCAUUUUGUUCGUUGAAGCUGAGGCUCAUGUUUCACUCAAGGAGCUAGGCAAUUCCAUUCUGCCACCAUGCCCCCACAUGAAGGAACUCCUCCUUGAUGUUCCUGGAUCACAAGGCAUUCUCGGAUGCCCUCUGCUGUUGUUUCAGGUAACCCGUCUAACAUGUGGAGGAUUUGCUUUCGCCGCACGCAUGAACCACACAAUCUGCGACUCACUCGGGCUAGUUCAAUUUCUCACCAUGGUUGGUGAGAUUGCAAGAGGUGUUUCUAUAUCACAGUUCCCUGUGUGGCAAAGAGAACUAUUCAAUGCAAGAGACCCACCAAGAAUCACUUAUGCACACCACGAAUAUGAUGAAACCAAACAUUGCAGCAACAAAGAUACAAUGGACUUUGACCAAAUGGCCCACGAGUCAUUUUUCUUCGGCCCAAAAGAGAUUGCAACCCUUAGGAGUCACCUUCCUCAGCACCUAAGAAAAUGCUCAACUUUUGAGAUACUAUCUGCUUGCUUGUGGAAAUGUCGCACCAAAGCACUUGGGCUGGAGCCCAAUGAGAUAGUGGGCUUAUCUCCCUUUAUUACUGCUCGUGGCAAAGUGGGCCUACAUGUGCCCAAUGGGUACUAUGGCAAUGCCUUUGCCUUUCCAAUGGCGCUUUCUAAGGCUGGACUUUUGUGCCAAAGCCCAUUGGAAUAUGCAUUGGGUUUGAUAAAAAAGGCAAAGGCCCAAAUGGGUCUAGAAUAUGUGAAAUCAGUGGCGGAUCUUAUGGUUCUCAAGGGUCGGCCCAAAUACAAAACAAAAGAAAAUUACCUUAUUGGGGAUACUACCCAUGUGGGGUUCUAUGAUGUGGAUUUUGGGUGGGGGAGUCCUAUCUAUGGAGGGCCUGCAGGGGCUAUACCUUUUGUUAGCUUCUAUGGACGGUUUAGAAACAAUGAAGGUGAGGAUGGGGUUGUUGUGCCAAUUUUGUUGCCACACCAUGUCAUGAAGAGGUUUCUCUUUGAGCUGGUGAAGAUCACAAGUGAGGUACCUGUAGGUUUGUCUUACAACAAAAUAACAAAUAGGUCCAUGUUGUAACACUGCUGUUAUGAUAAAGGAAGAGUACUAGCAGUACA